GACAGAUACCUAAAAUGGUUGAUAGAACUUAAAUUAAUCCUUUUUAAACUAAUAUCAUUUCCCUAAUUGAUUAAUAAUUAUUUUUUAUUUGAAUUAAUCUAAAUAAGUUAUCUUUAAGAAAUAAUCAACGACUAUCAUGAGUUUAUUGAUAGGUAUUGAUGUUGGUGGAACCAAUACAGAUUCUGUUUUAUUAGACCCUACUAAAAGUAAAGAAAGCAACCGUGGUGUAUUAGCUUGGAAUAAAUCUAAUACUACUUCGGAUGUAUCUAACGGUAUCGAAUCAGCUAUUAAAUCAUUAUUUGAACAAGUUCCUAAUGUUAAAAAGGAAGAAAUUUUGGCUGUGACCAUUGGUACUACACAUUUUAUUAAUGCUGUUAUUGAAAAGGAUAAAGCUAGAUUGGAUAAGGUUGCCGUCUUAAGAUUAUGUGGUCCAUAUUCAAGAACAACGCCUCCGUUUGCUGAUUUUCCUUCUGGAUUGAAAAGUAUUUUAAAUGGAUAUAUUGGUUUCCUUGAUGGUGGUCAUUAUGUACAUGGUGAUGAGGUACAGCCCAUCAAUGAGGCUGAGGUUUUAGAACAUUGCCAAAAGAUUAAGGAAUUGAGAUUGAAAUCAGUUGUCUUGGUUGGUCAAUUUUCUCCAAUGGUCAAUGAUCAUGAAGACGAAGUUGAAAAAAUUAUUGCAAAGGCUUUACCUGAUAUUUCAAUAGUUAAAUCGUAUGAAAUUUCUGGCUUGGGAUUUUUGGAACGUGAAAACGCAGCUAUUUUGAAUGCUGCCAUUUUAAGAUUUGCUAAGAAAGUAAUUAUAUCUUUUAAUGCUGCUGUUCAAAGAAUUGGUCUUACCUGUCCGGUAUUAUUAACGCAAAACGAUGGUACAAUUUUAUCUUCCCAUAUUGCUAGGAGAAUUCCAAUUAGUACCUUUUCAUCUGGUGCAACUAAUUCUAUGAGAGGGGCUUCUUUCUUAUGUGCGGGUGAAGAUGAGCUUAAAGAUACUUCGGUUAUUGUAGUUGAUGUUGGUGGAACUACAACUGAUGUAGGUAUUUUGUUACACACGGGAUUUCCAAGACAAGCUGCCUCUCAUUCAUUGGUUGGUGGAGUAAGAAUGAACUUUUCCAUGCCCCAUGUUGAAAGUAUCGGUCUUGGUGGUGGGUCUAUUGUUAGAAUUUCAAAUGAAGAAGUAUCUGUUGGCCCUGAUAGUGUUGGUAAUGAAAUACUCAAAAGAUCUAUCAUCUGUGGAGGUGACACAGUUACUGCCACUGAUGUAACUAUCGCUUUUAAUGGUAGUAUCUAUGAUGAUGUUAAAAUUGGUAAUUUCAACUUAGUAGAUAAAACAUUUGACCAUUCAAUUAUGGAAAACUUUACCAAAGAAGUUACCCAUAAGUUAGAGAAAGUUAUCGAUCGUAUGAGAACUUCACCAGAUCCUUUACCAGUAUUAUUAGUUGGAGGUGGUUCUUUCAUUGUACCAAAUGCACUUGAAGGAGCUCUGAAAGUAUUGCGUCCUCCCUUUUACAAUGUUGCUAAUGCGAUUGGUGCUGCAAUGUCAAAGAUCUCAGGAUCAGUUCAUACUAUUAAGUUAUUACCUCCUGAUUCAAUGUCUAAGGAAGAUUUCCUUGAGAAAUGUAUAGAAGAAGCUAGAAGUCAAGCAAUUCAAAGAGGUGCAUUAAAAUCUUCAAUCACAGUUGUUGAAUUGUCUCAUGAUCCUGUUCCCUAUGUUCCAAAUACUUAUGAAUUUCAUGUCAAAGUAGUUGGUGAUGUUGACUUUUCAAAACUUCAAAAAGCAUUCAAUUUCGAUGACGCUACAAAGAGCACCAUAGUCGAAUCUGGUGGUGAAGUAUUAAAAGAUGUGACUGAAGCUGCUGAAGAUUUCUCAAUUGAAAAUAUUGAUAUUAACCAAUAUAAGCCCACGGUCAAUGACAAAAGAGAAUGGAUUAUCAAUGAAAUCGAUUUAGAAUUUCUUAGAAUUGGUACUUACAUUUUAGGUUGUGGUGGGGGUGGUACUCCUUAUCCAUCUUUCCUUGAUAUUCGUCACUUAGUUAGACAAGGGGAAAUUUUAAAAGUAAUUGAUAUCAAAGAUAUCAAAAAUUACAUUAAAGAUGAAGGAUCUAUUAUCCCGGUAGGGUUUGCUGGAUCUCCAACCGUUGCAAUUGAGCAAUUAAAGAGUGAAGAGUUAGUACAUGCUGCUCGUUCUUUAAGCAAGUUCAUUGGUAAAACUCCUGAAUUAGUUUAUCCAUUGGAAAUUGGUGGUGGUAAUGGGUUUACUGCUUUUGAAAUUGCUGCAACAUCAAGAUUGAAUAUUCCAGUUGUUGAUUGUGAUUUAAUGGGAAGAGCUUAUCCAACGUUAUGGCAAACAACAGCCAAUGCAUGUUUAGAGAAUUUCAAGUAUAGUCCCGCCGUUAUCAGUAAUGGUAAUGGUAAUACUAUGAUUAUUAGUGAAACUGCAAGUAGUGUUAUAUUAGAAAAAGUUGUUAGAGUUUCUUUGACUGAAUUAGGUACUCAUGUUGGAAAAGUUUCAUCACCAAUGACUGAAGCACAAAUCAUUGCCGGCACAGUUCAUAAAUCAAUAUCAUUAGCUUGGAGAAUUGGAAAGGCUGUCGCAUUGGCUAAACAAGAAUUAGAUAUUGAGAACUUACCUUCUAGGAUUAUUGAUUCAGUAGGUGGUCCUCAAGUUGGUAAAUAUUUAUUCACAGGUAAAAUUAUUGAUGUUAGUAGGAAAUUAUACAAGGGUCAUGUUUACGGUGAAGUUGUUAUAGAAGAAGAUUCUCCUUCUAAGCGUCAAAUGGUUAUUCCAUUUAAGAAUGAAAAUAUUUACUGUAGUAUUAGACAAGAUAAAAAUGAUUCAGGAGAAAUUGUUUGUUCAGUUCCUGAUUUAAUUACCGUCAAUGAAGUUGAUACUGGUGAAGCUGUUGGAACUCCAGAUUAUAAAUAUGGGUUAAUGGUUUUUGUUCUUGGUAUUUCUCCAAGUGACAAGUGGACCAGUACUCAAAAAGCACUUGAUAUCGGAGGUACCAAAGCCUUUGGAUUCAAUGAUGUUGAAUACAAACCCGUAGGCAAAUAUGUUGAACCAGUUUCCGUUAUUGAUGAGUACCAUUUGUCAUAGUUGCUUAUUUAGAAUUUUAUAGAAGUGUAACUUUUACAAAUAAACUAUAUUGAAUUGGUCUUUUAAAUGUAUGUUUAAAUAUCAGAAUUUAAUAAACAAAGGGC